UCGCGAGACGUAUGGGCGAGCAAGGCGACGGGAUGAUUACUCGCGCAACCCUCGACAUGAGGCUGAUGGGGGUAGAAGCGACCCACGAGGUCGAUGAGAGUCGGACCGGGAUCGACGAGACGGAUACAGGGAUGACAAAUACUAGAGGUCGGACCGAGAUGGAAACAGGCAAGGCAGAUAUGAGAGAGGGGAUCGAGUCGGAGAUCGUCGAGAUGACUCGUGCGGAAGGUAUGACCGCGGGGGAUUCACGGGAGAUCAGCGCGGCGAUUCGUGGGGGAGGUACGACCGAGGAGACCGACGUGAUGAUUCACGCAGGCGAUACGACCAUGGAGACCACCGGAAUGAUUCACGGGGACGAUAUGACCAAGGAGGAUCUGGAGGAGACCGACGCAAUGACUCGCGCGGCCGGAAUGACAGAGGGGGAUAUGGUGUCUCAUCAGAACCGAGAUGAUCAUAUCAAGAGAGAUUGCCCAGAUCUCAAACGGGCAAUAGAUGAGGGACUUGUUGUGCUUGAUGACCGCAAGUACGUCAAGUGGGCAGGUGAUUUGGGAGACGUAUCAAUGUUUCCUUCGAUGAAGGAGAAUGUAGAAGCGAGGAGAGUGAGGCCGAGUAAGGGAAAGGAGCCGGUUAAGAGUCAGAGCAUCAGGAUAACUUUCGAAGGAGAUAUGGCAGCUGCACCCAUAAGGGUGGCAGCAACGAAGUCGGCGAGACGCUCUGCAUCGAGGAAGACUGACACAGAUUAUGUGAUGGCGGAAAAGGACGGACAGCGGAUCGAUGGAGAAGAGGUUAUUCUUUCACCACGAAAGCGGGGAGUGAAGAAGUUCUUGAUGAAGAGUUCGCUGGAUGAUAUUGACACGGUCGAGCCACUGAGACGGGCCCUUCGGCAGCCCAUGCAAUAUUCUAUACUAGAAUAUCUGGCUGCAUCCAAGUCGGCUCGAGACGAGUUACAUACGAUUACACGAAAGUCUCGCAUUCCACUAUCAGAGGAGGUUCAGGUGACCCCUAACGCGGAUGCUCCUACUGUAGCAGUAUCGGAGGUGACCGCAAGAGCAGAUCGCAUGGCGACAGUUCUUCUUAAUGGGAUGGAAGGCGUGCCUCCGGACAAGUUUUACAUACUUGGUAGUGGGACCGUGGAGGCGAUCCUAGACGACGGAGCGGUUCUAGAUGCUGUGAUCGAUAAUGGCAGUGAGGCUGUCAUCAUAGACGAGGAUCUGGCAGAGCGAGUUGGUCUGGGGCUCGAUAGGACAUACUUAUUCGAAAUAGAGACGGCUGAUGGGAGGAAGCAACAGAUCACAAGAGUUUGUCACAAGGCAGCCAUAGAGGUUCAAGGAGUACAAAUGACCAUGCCAGUCUUUGCAGUCAAGAACUGCAGCUCCGACCUGCUCUUGGAGCGGACAUGGCUGAGCCAUGUGCAUGCAGUGACGAUAGAGCGAUCAGACGGGAGCCAGACGCUAUCCAUUAAGAAGCUAGAUGGGACUCGGGUUAUGAUUGAGACGGUGGAGCCUCGAGACCCGAGAAACAGAGCAGCUCUCGCUGUGGGUGCUGGGCCCAGUGAUCGGAUUAAGUCAUUACCUAUCUCCAGCCGCACGGUACGAUUUCGCGAGAAGAAGUAUGGACCUCUGCUCACGGAAGGAGAAGGCCGGAUUAUAGAAGUGGAGGAUUUAGGGAGCCGACUGGUAGUGGAUGGCAACUCGUAUCCAAAGGAGUCAGAUGAGGAAUUUGGUGGCAUAGUAUCUGUAUCUUUUUUAAGGGCACAGCCCCCUAUGGGGGGCAGUCUAAGCGGCACAAGAGAGUGGCUCAGAAAGUAAAGCCAGCAGCAGUGGGCCGCGAGCGAUCUGCGCUCGAAGGGAUAUCGGAAGGAGAGAUCGCGGAGGAAAUUAAAGA